AUGAAGCUGGCGAAAAAAAGACCAUCGACCCGUGCAGCGGUUGUUGCUUCAGCUAGCACCCAUCGACCAUUUGUUGCAGAGGGUGAACCGAGUGCUGUCGACGGUCUCGCCGCCGCCGACUUCACCACGCCGCAGCUCGAGCAAUACCAGGCAUUGGCAGCGGCGGAGGGGAUUUCCCAUGAACUGCCGUGGCAAGCUGGGCAGGGUUUCUACACCCACCCUCCCUUCUCCUUCGAUCAAGACCCAUCCAUGCACGCUAAUCCAGGCGAUCUCGGAGGUGACGCUUAUGCCGGCUCAUAA